GGUCGGACGUAGAAGGAGGCGAGGAGGCUUUUCAGGCUCUCUCUCGGCCAGUCGUCUACCGAUCGCGGCGCCGAGCGGCCGCGUCGACGAGAGAGAGUUGAGCCGGCCGGUCGAUCGUGCGAGUCGCGCGUCUCAGUCGCGUUGCUCUCUUUCCGUUAACGAGGAUCGCUACGAGAAAGAAGAAAGAGAGAGAGAGAGGGGGAAAGAGCUUCCUCUACGAUCCGCUCUGCCUUGGCCUCGCGGUCGCUUCACUUCCGGCUUCGCUCUCGUGCCUUCGUGUGAACGCCCAACGAGAUCGAUUUGAGGAAGCGAGACAGAGGCGGCUUGGAAACGUUGUAAAAUGUUGGCCGGCCGCAAGUGCAGCGUCGGGCAGAGUUGACGAAGAUACACUCUCGUAGGGAGACGCUUGGUUGAUUAGUACUAAUUAAGAAGAGAGGGAAUACACACGCCCGUCGAUUAACAGUGGUGCGGCCAACGAGCGAGAGGGACAAUGGAUCCUUAUUCAUUGAGUGUGGAGCGGGAGGCUUCGAAGAACAUCGAGGAGAAUGAGCGAGAGUGUUUCAAAGACGCGAUCGUCUCGAGCCGGAGCCUCAACAAAGGAUUCGUCGAGCCGACCAACCUUAAAAACGCUAUCCGCGAGAUCACCGCAUGCAUCAUCGCAGCGUCUUUCCACAUAGCGGUGGGCCUCAGCAUGGCAUACUCGGCGACUCUCAUUCCUCACCUCGAGAAGGAAGACUCGGAGAUGCACGCGACACAAGAAGAAACUUCAUGGAUAGCCAGCUUGGUCGUCAUAUGCGCGCCAAUCGGCGCUGUCAUCGGGGGCUUCCUGAUGGAGACGGUCGGUCGAUUGAGAACUCUGCAGAUUGGCUCGAUACCCUGCGUGGCGGGCUGGAUCCUCAUUGCUCUCUCGACGAACGUGCCGAUGCUACUGGUCGGUCGUCUUUUAGCCGGACUGGCGACCGCUCUAGCAACUUCACCGGCGAUCGUCUACAUCACCGAAGUAGCCAGGCCGGAAUUGCGUGGCUCUAUGAUCUCUUUCGCGCCAACGCUGGCAUCGUUAGGAAUGGUAAUCUCAUACUUGAAAGGCGCUUACCUGGACUGGCGGCUGGUUGCUUGGCUCAGCAUCAUUUAUGCGGUUGUACCGGUGGUUCUGGUGGAACUCUGGGUGCCGGAGUCGCCGGUAUGGCUCGUCUCGAAGGGACGCAUCGACGACGCCAAGAAAUCGCUGGAACGGCUUUACAAAAACGAGACGUCGGAGGGCAAAAUGUCCGUGGCCGAGACGCAAUUUACCACCAUUAUGAAGGAGAACGAAAUUAAAUUGAACGAACAGCGGCGCAGCAAGCACGGCAACGUGUCCCACAAAUUGCGGGGCUUCCUGAAACCGACCGGAUGGAAACCCAUGGCGAUACUCUUCCUUCUAUUUUCGUUCCAGCAAUUUUCCGGAAUUUACAUAACGCUGUUUUACGCGGUCACCUGGUUCCAGGAAGUGGGCGCGGGUGUUGACGAGUACAUUGCGUCGAUUCUGGUGGGUGUGACGCGUUUCCUGUGCUCCAUGGUGAACACCUGGAUGCUUAGGCGAUAUAAGAGGCGAGCGUUGUGCAUAAUAUCAUCUCUGGGCAUGGCCGUGUGCAUGACCGUUUCCGGCUACUUUACCCUGAACAUCAAAAACGGCGAUCGUAGCGGUUACUGGGUACCGGUGCUCUGUCUGCUGCUCUACGUGUGCACGUCGAUGGUGGGGAUGCUGACGAUUCCUUGGACCAUGACGGCGGAAUUGUUCCCGACCGAAAUCCGCGGGAUCGCCCAUUCCAUCAGUUACUCCAUGGCGAACUUGCUGAUGUUCGCCGCGCUGCAGAGUUACCGAAGUUUGCAAAAUUUCCUGGGAGGGUCCUACGCCGUCCAAUGGUUUUUCGCCGCUGUCUCCGUGGGGGCGGCUAUUUUCGUGUGGUUACUCCUGCCGGAGACGCACGGGAAGAAGUUGUCGGAGAUCGAGGAGUACUUUCACAACAAUUUCCUGGCACUGGGGGCGAAGAAGAAGAGCAAAAACCGGUGUACCGAGAAGCGGUCUCACCAGAAGACGAAAUCGUCCGCGACCGAGCCGCUUAAUCCGCGAAUCGUGCAGAACGCUUAAGAACGUCCACUUGUUUUCACCGCCGAAACCGUGCGAAUCUCACACGAACGCUUAGUUCGAGCGGUUUCUAGGGAAACAAAUAUCCAGUUAGCCUCGAUUCUUCUACACGGCGAAUUUCGCAACCACACACUAUGUAUUCGCGCGAAAUGCCGAUCGUUCUGAUAUUAAACGGUAGAAUCAGUAGAGUUCGAUGUUCGAUGUGAAAAUCGCGACUGACGCAGCAAUCGGCGAGCGAGAAAAGAGAUGUCGUAUCGGAGAGCCAAUAAGUGAGUAACCGGACGGAAUUAAGCUCGAGUACUCGGUCGUGUGCGCAUAAAAACGGAAGAAAUAAUGAAAUUUGCCCGUUAUUUCCAUGUUUAGCCCGGACUGAAGCGCAGUUAGCACUAUACUAGAAACGCAUAUAACAUUACGAGAAAAACGUUAUGAAAAAAAAAAAGGUAACAGAGAGAAAUAAAAGGAAAGAGAGAGGGAGAGAGAUACGUGUAUGUCGCGCGGAGAAACCGCGAAAUUAACUUACAACUUGCGGUAAAAUAUACAUGUAUAUAUGUGUGUUCAAGUAUAGUGCCUGUAAUGUUUUCCUCUUUGCAAGGGAUUCGCGCGAGGGUCGUCAUUACAAUAUUAGAUGCUGAUCUGAUAGCGCGUUCGUCAUUAUCGCAAUAGUCAUGGAUCACACGCGACUCAUGAUAAAGAUUCUCUCUCUCUUUCUCUCUCUCUCUCUCUUUUUCCUCUCUGAACACGACACGAUUGUCUCGACUACUUGGUCGCGCAUCAUUUUUCGAAGGCUCUUUAGAAGUUUGAAGCAAAAGGGAAAGAGAGAAGGCUUCGCAAACGCGCGACGACUCGUACAACAAAAGUGCGUAGUAUUUCUUUUACGAGAAGUGUAAGUGUAUGUGUGUGUGUGAAUUACACCGAAGCAUACCGAUCAUCGAUUCGCGACAUAGUCUGCCAGGCAUCCCGAGCAUUCCUCUUUCAAGAUCAAAGUCGGCGCAAGCCUUCACUGUGAUCGAACAAAUUCGCGUAACCGUAAUACGUAGUGUAAACCGUUAAUUGAUUCGCUCGACUGGAUCUCUCGUCUCUAUCCGCACGUGGCGUCGUUUACUUAACACGAAUAGGCAGACACACAUAUAUACACACAUACACACUCGAUAAACCACUCACAGGGGAUACUUAAUUUAGCGGAUCAGAAGCUUGUUUUAGACGGGGCGAGACGCACGGUCGCAAGCGAGUCGUGCCCGUUCGCGUAACUCGAUGCAACCGAUCGUCACUGCUGUUAUAUUGUUGUUAAUACUUGUUAUUGUUGUAAAGUUCGCACAACACGGUCGCAAAUGCGACGUAAGCUCGCUGUAAAACGCAUAAACUGUCGAUAUUUCCGCGGUUACUGCCGAGCGAGGACCAACGGCAGCGUAACGUAAGAUCUAUUCGCGCGCGACUAAUUAAAUACGCGUUCGAUAUUUAAUUAAGUUGAUGGUCACGUAGGGAUAUAUAACGAUUACAACUCUGUGCAUUUGCGGAUCGCUCUGUCUAAACGAGCUGCGCGAUGCGUGAAGAUCCACGACGAACGGCCAAUCAAAUCGUCGACUCGAUCGGACGAGGCGAGAACGAUCGACCGAGCCGAAUAUUUUUAUAUGUUGAAAUCAAGCACGCCGUAUAUACGCAUAUAUAUAUACACACAUAUAUGUGUGUGUGUGUGUGUGUGUGUGUGUGUGUGUGUGUGUGCGGGUGCGGAUCCGUAUAAAUUACAUAAGUUACAACGAAUGAAUGAAGCUUCCACACGAUUCUCUCUCAUCUCGUGCUGGCGACUCGAUGCCGUUCGUCGCGCUUUCGCGAAGGAAGUAGGGAGGAAGGGCGGGCGGUUGAUUCGUCCGCCUUUUGAUUAAUGUCCGGUUUCAUCGACAUCGAAUUAAUUCUGAAAACUAAACGCGCAACUGCUGAAAAAUUUAAUCUCUGUCCGUAGUAGCUCGAUCAAUUGUUCGUCCGUUUGUAGAUGGAGCGUGGUAAAAAAAAAGGAACGAUUCAGCUGAGUAAGCUCGAUGAAACCGGCCAUUAGCUUAACAUGUACUUUUAUCACAUGUGAUACCGUUACUUCUUUUUUUUUCUUUUUUUUUUUGCAAACGGACGAGAUCAAUUUAUCUUAUACAAUUUAUCUGGAGUAUUACAUCGUGAUAGUCGUAGCGGAAAGUGUCUCCCCUGUUUUUUUUUUCCGUGAAGAGAGCGACUCGAAAAGGUUUCGCCGAUUUCAGACCGGCGAACUGAUUCUUUCAUUGAAUCGCUAUCAGACUACAGAUAUCAAGAACCGAAGAUUGUGGAUCAGAGAUGCGAAUUCGACGGGUCGACCAAUUUGGAUCUUGACUCGCUUUGUCUCGGUUAGUUAAGCUCCAAUCUUCAACACGCAAUCCUCAAUUUCCGAUAUCUGGUUUGAUAGGGGCUUUAAGAGGUUUGGACGGUUACAUUGCAACAGUGUUACAGUGCCACUUUCUAUCCGAGUUUCGAAGCCUCUCUUCUUCACACAUACGCGGAGAUGAGCGGUAAAAGUAAUAUUUAUAUCGAUAUCGUUGUAUAUAAAGCUUCUACCACGAUAUACACGAUGCCAUUGUAAAGCUAUAUUGAAUUUUAAUAAAGUAUUUAUAAUAUAAAA